AUGCCACCCGCAAGCGAAAGUGGAUUCUUCCACACUGAGAAACCCCUCCACGUGCUCAACAUCGCCGACGUACAAGACAUUCGCAAUGGCAGUGCCGCCCUCAGCUUCACUGAACAUUUUGAGUACAAAGGAGUGCUCUUUGUCAAAGUCGCCGCCAAGGUUUCCAGCGCCGGCAAACGUCAAAAGGUCGAAUUUCCAGCGGUUGUUCUUGGUCAGAGCCAGAAACGAGCUGGCCAGAUGGUCUUGCUCAAACGUCCUUCCGCCACAUUCCAGACAGUCGUUGGUGAAGACAUGAAGCAGGAAGGUGGGAUUGGAAUUGGAUUUGUUCACUGGUGCUCCGGCCUGCAGCUAAAGUGGGUUGCCCACGUUACACCUUCCACCCAGGUUGAGACCGGGCUUUUUGCAGAGAAGAGGAUUCAGGACGCAAGAGUUGCCUUAGUAAAGGAACUCUACGGUCUUAUCGACAAAGAUGACGACUGGUCAGACCUUCCCUGGAACAAGGUCAAGACCAAGAUCGAUGGUAUACAGCGCCUACUCAGCGCCAAAUCCUCGCCUAAGAAACGUCAGCGCAAAAGAAACGCCGCUGGCGGCAAGCCGAAAAAGAACAAUAUUGAGCACUCCAAAAAGCCCGACAGCGCUUCAGAGUUUUCCGAGGCCGAAGACUGGAGCGAUGCCAGAGUGAAGAACUGCGGAUUCGACAUCGAAGAGAGCAAGAAUCUGGAUGAUGAUGAGAAGAAUCAGGUCAAGACCUUAAUGAAGGCCUACCGAGAGAGCGAGUCCGACGGCGGCAAAAAGCCUCACCAUGAGCUGGCUAAGCUUUUGGACAGAGCUUUCGUCGCUCGCUUCGAUAUUCGUAUCCUGCGCGAUUUUGAGAAGGCUGCUUUGGCAAACGACGACAUCUCGAGCCUGCCUUCGUUUUCCAGAUUCGCAGACUGGUGGAAGACCAGAGAUACAGAGCCACGCGAUCGUACCCGCAGUCGUUCUGCCAGCGCCGAACAGGAAAUCCCUGUCACCAACAUACUCUGGCACAGAUACAAGAGAUUGCUGGGUAUCACCUUCCAG